CAUAAGAUUUUUUUAGUUAUUUUUAUGAUUAUCCCUUUAUAAUUGGAUGGAGCCAUGUAAUGUAACCCCAAUUAGUUGAGAUGAAUGUUGAAAGUAGUUUAGAUAAUUGUAAGAUAACUGGUAACUACAUACUCAAAUCAAAAUUAGGAGCAGGGGCUUCUUCUUUAUCAAGUGUAUGGAAAUCAGAGCACAGGGUAACAGGUGAAGAAGUUGCAGUGAAGCAAGUUUUUGUUUCUAAACUCAAUCGGCAUUUAAAGAACUGUUUGGAAUGCGAAAUUAAUUUCUUGUCCUCUGUCAAUAACCCUAAUAUCAUUCGCCUUCUUGAUGUUUUCCAGGCUGAGGAUUCUAUAUUUCUGGUUUUCGAGUACUGCAAGGGAGGAAGCCUAGCAGCAUAUAUUCAGAACCAUGGAAGAGUUCAUGAAGGGAUAGCUAGAAGACUCAUGCAACAACUCGGAGCUGGUCUGAAAAUUCUACACUGCCACCAUAUCGUUCAUAGAGACUUGAAACCAGAGAACAUUCUAUUAUCCACUCAGGAGGCUGAUAUGGUUCUCAAAAUAGCUGAUUUUGGUUUGUCAAGAGUGGUGCAACCAGGCAAGUAUGCGGAGACAGUUUGUGGUUCUCCGCUAUACAUGGCUCCAGAAGUUCUUCAAUUCCAAGGGUAUGAUGACAAGGUUGACAUGUGGAGUGUUGGUGCAAUCCUUUUUGAGCUUCUUAAUGGUUCCCCACCUUUUCAUGUUGCUACAGAACAUCAACUCAUGUGCAAGCCUUCCAUUUUCUCCAUUCCUUCUCCCAGCGUUAAAUUCAGACUGUAUCGAUAUAUGUUCGAGACUGCUUUCUGUAGAUCCAGGUUUAGCAUAUUCCUAGUAUGCUGUUGAUUCAUCUAUUAAGUGUUGAGCUAUAUCUGGAGUUAUCCAUUGGGGGUUUCUCUGUUUCUGCAGGGCAUCGCUUGUCCUUUAACGAGUUUUAUAAUCACAAAUUCAUGAGAAGAAAAGGAGCAUGGAAUUAGCAUGCUGAAUAGACUCGACCACUUUCACAUUUCUGUUUUCACUUCUGCUCUGGUUGCUUUAUCAUGCUUGCUAGCAAAUGCUACCUGUUGUCAUCCAAGUCAUCUCGGAUAAUGCCUUGUGCUUCCUCUUGCUUAUAUAUAUCUAUGUGAACCAUUUCUUAGGGGCAUGUAUUUACUCUAAUUUUUGGUGAUAAAUUUCUUUCUAAUUUUGUCUAUAACUGCCAAUUCAUCAUGAAAAAGAUGGAUAUCUUGCAAAUUA